AAAGCUCGAGGCGUGGACGGGGAGAAGUGCUCUCAAAACACCCCUGGUCGCCACGGAUUAUGCUCUUCUUGUUUCUGUGAUGGCGUGUGUUCGUUUUUAAAGCGUCAGCCAUGGUCGUUUAUUUCCACAAAGGGCUGACAACGAAUCCUUUUCAAUUCUAACGUUCAGCUUCUGAAAGUGACAGCAUGGAAUCUGAAAACAUGCCCGAUCCAUAUGAAGACAACAGGGAUGUCAGUCUUCAGAACACAAAGAGAGAUUCUCGUGCAUCGUCCUCACACAAGCACAACAAGCACCAGCAGGACAAGAAUGACAGCGAUGAAGAAAAAGAGUCCAGUGUCCAGAGUAGAUCAAAAACAAGAACUCGGCAUUCAGAUCCAGACCGGGAUCAGGUGUCGGAUGGAGAGACGGGAAGACGGAGCAUCGAGUCGUUUUACUCAGAGGAUUAUGAGAACGAGUCUCUGUCAGAUCGUUCAUGUUCACCAUACUCACCGUCGCGGACCCCAUCCCCUGUUCCACGAAGAGGGCUGCAAGCAAAGAGGGCAAACAGUCUUCUGCAGAAAACAGGUGUUGUAGGAUCUCGCGGUAUGUCCCGCCCACAGCGACCCGGUGGCCAGCCUCUGACCCAGCAGCUUCGCAGGGGCGUGCGUUCGCAAAGCAAAGAGUCCAUUCCACCGAAAGAUCUGGACCUGGUCACCAAGCGGAUGCUCUCGGCCCGCCUCCUGAAGAUCAAUGAACUGCGUAAUGCGCUGGCCGAACUGCAGCAGCGCACGGAUGAGCUGCAGAAGGAAAAUCGAAUUCUCCGACAGCUUCAGGUGCGUCAGGAGAAAGCCCUGCAGCGCUACGAUGACACUGAAAGCGAGAUCUCCCAGCUGCUCACGCGCCACUCCAACGACAUGCAGGUGUUGCGUGAGAGACUCCGGCGCACGCAAGAGCGCGAGCGUGCGGCCGAGAAGCGGCUGAAGGACCGGGAGGAGCAGCUGCAGAGGAGUCAAGUGACCAUUGGACGGCUGAAAAAGCUGGUCAGCCAGCGAGAAUUAGGAGAAAGGGACGAGCUAAAUCGCAGGCUGGAGGAAGAGAAGACACGGGCGCAAGAGGCAGAGCGGAAGAUCAGGGAACUGGAGCGCAGCAUAGAGCUGAGCAACAGCAGCUUCCAGAGGCAGCUGGUAGCAGAGAAGAAGAAAACCAUCAGCGCUCAUGAGGAGAUCAAAACUCUGCAGGAAGAGCUGGAUCAGCUCACCAAUAAACUCAGGGACAAGGAGAGAGAACUCGAUGCCAAAAAUAUUUACGCUAACCGCAUGGCGAAACCUGCGCUGAGGAAGGAGGCUGACAUCGGCUCAGGGAGGAAAGUACCCAGCAGGAGUAGCAGCAAGGCAGUUCAGACAGAAGGCAGGGCGUCAAGUCUGGACUUUCCCACUCCUCCUCCCGCCAUCAGUGAUGUCCACGAGUCCUGCGAUCAGGCACCCGACGAGUAUCUGUCGCUCAAGGAGCUGAACAGAGCGGACAAACAGGCAGACGCUGGCAGCAGGCUGCCCGACUGGGAGGAACAGAGCAGCAAUGGGAAAGGCAGAGAUAAGGAGAAAGAACUGGUGAAAGAAGAGCAGAAACAGGCGCUGAGCGCGCUCGAAGAGAAGGCAAAGAUACUAAGAGAAGAGUCUAAGAAAGAAAAGGAUGAAGACAGAAAGGAGACAAACUUCCUCCUAAACAUGACCGAGAAAGAAAGCUACAGGAGGCUCGGUCACGUUCAAGAAGAGGUGGAGAAGUGGAACCAGGAGAAUCUAGCCAGUCAGCAAGCGGCGGAGGAGGCACGGCGCAGGAAAGACAAGCUGCUGGCUAAGAUGAGGGAAAUCGACUUUCAAAACCACGGAGUCCAGGACGUGAUGUUUGGUGGGUCGGGUCGCUCCCAGUCCAGUCACGCCUCUGGAGAUCACUCUGCCUCGCGUCCUCCUGAGCAGAGGAAACGGGACUCUUUCAUCUUCCUCACAGAGUCGGAGGGGUCGGGACCCGGCGGUGCUGGGAGCAAAGACAGCGGCGGGAGGAGGCCCGGCGUGGAGAGCGACGCCGUCGCCACGGGGCCGGGGAGGAGAGGACUCCGGUCUCAGAUCUCCAGCGAUGACUUGGCGUUUGGCAGCUACGCUCCGUCUUUCGGGAAUUCGGGUUCCCGGGCUUCCCUCGGAUUCCCUCCGCCUCCCCCCAAGGAAGACCGGGAAUCCGCUUCGGAUGCAGUCGGAGUGUUCAGCCUCAGAGAGGCGGAGCCAGAAAAAGCAGCAGGAAAGGACAAGAAGGCCAGCCUCAUGCAGCAGCUCUUUGGUGCACCCAACACAUCACCUGCUGGCGGCGGCGGUACAACGGAGGCCUUCAACAGUCCUCCAGCCAUCAAUGGGGUGCGUUCACGAAGGGAAGGGCUGCUCAGCUUCAGCUCAGGGUCUUCCACUCCUCCAGCAUCCUCCGUGAACAGCGUGCAUGUUGCAGACAGCAGACCAGCCGUCUGCGCCAUCGCUUCCUUUGAUGAUGACCUAGAAGAACUCACUUUAUAAGUUUAUAUUAACACCGUUCCUCUGCAGGGAAUCCUCUGAGAUGUGAGUGCUAACCACUACACAUCCAUGUCAUUUUUUGUAUUAUCAAAAGAAAUGGUGAACUUAAUGACUUUCGUUUGUUGCACUUUCAUAAUUUCAAACAAUUGUCUGCACACUUUUCUUUUUCUGGAAAAAUGUGACCAAAAAGUAAUUUCCCAAAUUAGAAGCAAGAGCCAAACUCAAAGCAAAACACAAGCAUCCAGUUCAGAAAGGUUACAAAUCACAUGACUGAUCUCCAUUUUAGCACUUUGAAAGAGGAAACUAAUUAUUCAAUAUCAGCAAACUUUACAAACUACCGUCAUUAGGAUGUGAGUUAAGGUAUUUUAGAGUUAUGCCAUAGUAAUCCUCCACUGAGUGACACAACAAUCACAUUUUAUAGUGAUUGUAUCUUUUAUAACACUUUUAUAAACUGCAUAAUAUGUUAAAAAUAGUACUGUUCUGCAGAUAAUCUUCAUAUAUUCAACACUACAAAAAGGCAGAUUUGUAUCAGUUCUUUAUGAAUUCUGCACAACCUGCCUGGUUUGUGGCAGAUUCCCAGAACCUUGUGGUCUCCUGCACUAUGUUCUUCAAGACAAUCAACCCUGAAGGGUACCACCACAAUCUGUAGACACCCUAGGCAGUAUUGAGAUAAAAGAAUAAUAUAGUUAUUAUUUAUGUUUAUUUAUUUAUGGUGACUUUAUAUGAAGCCAUUAUCACCAAAAACACUUGAUUACAGAAAAAGUUUAGGGCCAUCCGUAAAAAACAAAAGAAAAAGUUUGAAAAAAAUUAGAAUUCUGACUUUUGUCAUGAAAACAAUAGUGAGAGAAAUGUCAUAAUUUUGAGAUUAGAGUCUAAAAAUUUGGGGGGGAAAGUCAAAAGUAUGACAAAAAAGUCAAAAUUACAAGAAAAAAGUCACAUUUAAAAAAAAAAGUUAGAAUUAUUAGGAAAAAGUCAGAGUUAUGACAGUACAGCACUUUGAAAGCUCUUCAUAAAUAAAUUCAUUACUACAUUAUUAAAAGUCGAAUCUCUGUUGGGAAAAAAAAUCCAAAUCGAAACAUUUUCAAGGCACUGUUUCUUUUAGGAUGGCCCUAAUCUUAAAGCUUGGAGUGUCUAGUUUGACAUAAGUUUGUAAAAGUUUUUCUCAGUGGAUUUGUAAUUCGUAAUUCGGUAUGAAAUAUAUUU